AUGAGCUUCCACCGUCAGCUUUUCAUUGUAGUGGGUGUUCUCUUCCACUUCUACUACCUCUGGCUGAUUUUCGACAUCUACUUCGUGUCUCCAUUGGUUCAUGGUAUGGACCAGCACAAGUCGACGUCAGAACCUCCAGCGAAAAGACUAUUCUUGAUUGUGGGCGAUGGCUUGAGAGCAGACAAGACAUUCAAGAAGGUUUUACACCCGACCACUGGCAACGAGGAAUAUUUGGCUCCAUACUUGCGUAGCUUGGUUUUGAAUGAGGCCACCUGGGGUGUCUCCAACACCAGAAUGCCCACGGAGUCUAGACCAGGCCAUGUAGCCAUGAUUGCUGGAUUCUACGAGGAUGUGAGUGCUGUAACCAAGGGCUGGAAGGAGAAUCCAGUGGAUUUCGACUCAUUCUUCAACCAAUCAACCCAUACUUAUUCGUUUGGAUCCCCGGACAUCUUACCCAUGUUCGCCUACGGCGAAAACGUUGUUCCUGGUAAAAUUGACUGCCACAUGUACGGCCACGAGUUUGAGGACUUCACCCUGGACUCUAUUGAAUUGGAUGCUUUCGUGUUUAACCAUUUGGACGAGCUCUUAGAGGAUGCUAAGACCAAUAAGACAUUGAAUGACGAAUUGAAACAGGACGGUAACGUAUUCUUCUUGCACUUGCUUGGAAUUGAUACUGCUGGCCAUGCCUAUCGUCCAUACUCGGCCGAGUACUACGACAAUAUCAAGUAUAUCGACACCAAGUUGGCUGAAUUGGUUCCAAGACUCCAUGAGUUUUUCGGGGACGACGACACCGCUUUUGUUUUUACUGCCGAUCACGGAAUGUCUGAUUUUGGCUCUCACGGAGACGGUCACCCAGAUAAUACCAGAACUCCACUUGUUGUAUGGGGUGCUGGUGUGAAUAAGCCUGAGGCGGCUCUGGACCAGCAAAAGACCAAACAGGACCCUGUUGCAUCCGGUUAUGAAGAGGAGUAUUUUGAGACUUGGGGUUUUGACCAUUUGACGCGUCAUGAUGUCAAACAGGCAGAUAUUGCUCCCUUGAUGGCUUAUCUUAUUGGUGCUAACUACCCUGCCAACUCGGUAGGAGAGUUGCCCUUGCCAUAUGUUCAAGGGUCUCCUGUGAACAAGAUUAAGGCCUUGUAUGAAAACGCUCUUGUCAUCGUUGAGCAGUACCUCGUCAAGGAGAGCGAGGUGUACAAUCACCAGUUCCAGUACAAGCCGUUUGAUCCAUUUGUACAUAAGCCUAUUUCCGUCUACAAACACGAGAUAGAAAGUCUUAUCUCACUUAUGGAGGUGGAUUAUACUGACGAGUUCUUUGAUCAAGCAAUUGAGUUGACUGAGCUGUUGAUGAAGUGUGGUUUGGAUGGUUUGAACUACUUGCAAACAUACAACUGGCUCUUGCUCAGAUCCAUUGUUACGCUUGGAUUUUUUGGAUGGAUCAUAUACUCAUUCAACGUUUUCUUGAAGUUGUUCAUCUUGACCAGCUUUGAGCAGCCACCAAACUCCACCCCACUCCUUGCUGCCUUCGGUGGUAUUGCAUUGUCCUUGAACUACUUGCUUUUCUACCAAAAGUCUCCGUUCAACUAUUACAUGUAUGCGGCAUUCCCAAUCUACUUCUGGUACACCAUUUUAAACGAGAGAACUUUGUUUGUUAAGGGAUUGAAUACAUUCUUGUUUGGUAUUUCUGGCCCAACAAAGCUCUUCACUCUUGUCUCCUUCCUUGGCAUGUACGAGAGUAUUGUCUACGGUUUUUCUAACAGAAUUAUGUUCUCCAUCUUGUUUGUGUUGAUUGGCUUGUACCCAUUUGCAUGGACCAAGGAGUUGUCGUUUGGCACCAAGUUGACCUGGUUGAUCAGUUGUAUUAGUAUGUGCACUUUCACGAACUUGAAUGCUGUGAAGACAGAGAGCUUGUGGCAGAUAAAUGUUAGUACUGCUGCGGCUUUUAUUGUUGGAGUAAUUGGCACGGGUAAGGUGUUUAAGAGAAACCCGGCCGAAUUUACCAAGAAGGUUGUGAUUGCUCAAUUGGCUUGCAUUCUUGUGAUUUUGUAUGCAACGAAUGUAGCUGUCGCUUCCUUGCAGGCUAGAGAUGGACUUCCAUUGCAUGCUCAAGUCACUGGUUGGAUAACAUUCAUUGUUUCGUUGUUUGUGUUGCCUGUGUUGCAUACGUUCAAGGCAUCUUCUGAUUAUCAAUUAAGACUCUUGAUUAUUUAUUUGACUUUCGUCCCAACAUUCAUCAUUUUGACCAUUUCAUUUGAAUUGUUCUUCUUUGUCGGAUACUCGUUGGUUUUGUUGCAGUGGUUAAACAUUGAAACACAAUUGAAAUUUUCAAAGAAGGAAAUCACUAAAAGCUUGGAAGAAAACCAUACUUUGCCAAAGGGUUACUGGUUGCAAACUAUCCGUAUAUCCAUUAUCGGAUUUUUCUUCUUGCAGUUUGCCUUCUUCGGCACUGGUAACUUGGCAUCAAUCUCCACCUUCUCUCUUGACUCAGUUUACAGAUUGAUUCCUGUGUUUGCGCCAUUCCCCAUGGGUGCAUUGCUCAUGCUUAAGUUGAUCAUUCCUUACGUCUUGUUGUCUACAUGCUUUGGAAUCAUGAACCAUCAACUCGAGAUCCGGAAAUUCACCAUCUCAACGUUAAUCAUCUCCACUUCAGACUUUUUGUCUUUGAACUUCUUCUACUUAGUCAAAACGGAAGGCUCAUGGCUUGACAUCGGAGUCACCAUUUCAAACUACGUUUUGGCAAUUUUAUCCUCGUUGUUCAUGCUCAUUCUAGAGCUUGUCAGUACGGUGAUGUUGCGGGGAGUUGAAUUCGAUGAUGAUAAGCGUGCCCAUGAAGAGCACAUCAACAAGAUUUUAGAGGAUGAUGCACCAAUCAGCUCACGUAUCAGAAACAGAAAAAGAGACUAA